GUCAUUGCUCGUUAAGAAUUUUGUGGGGUGAUAUCGCGCGUUUAGUUGGAAAAUUACACGACAGUGCAAAAACCACAACUCGCUACUGUAUUCGACAAUGACGACAGUUGGAAAUACGUAAUUGAUGUGCUAAGGACGAAAAGACAGAGAAAAAAGGAGUGGUAAUAUACAGUGUUGAGCAGUGCAGCGUAUUGUUGUUUGUGACAAGUGAAAAGUAAACGUAAAGCACUGUAGUUUAUGUAAACGUGAAAUAUAAAUUAAACUGAAAGGAUUAAAUUGGACAACCAUUGAAACAAAAGUGACUGCAUGGAAGUGAAUGUGAAUUUAUUAAACUCUUAUUAACUUCAUCAAAAAAAAAAAACUAAUUAAUUUAACAAGUGCGUAAAUGUCCGAAAUAUUUAAUUUCAUAAAUUGUACACACAUAUAUGUAUGUAUGUGCAAAGAAAAAGUGUUAACAAUUUUUAAAUUUAAAGUGCGAUAUGUCUGAAGACGCGUCACAUAAAAUCAUACAUUAUUUGAACAGCACUGAAUAAAUAAAUAAUAACAAAAACGUUUUGCAGUUCCAACUCAUUUUUAUAUGGAUCUAAACUGCUUGCAAAUACUAGAUUUAAUUCAAAUGUAAAAUAGAUGGACAAAAAUGAAACUAAAUAGUGAAUAAGUAGAUUCUUCAAAGCCGAGAUUAGGAAGUGUUGCACCCUAAUGCUCUAAUUCAGACGAUAUGGGCACAACAUGGCCUCUGCACAUAUAUUGCAAUACAAACAUAACAGCACUAGAAAAUCAGCAACUGAAAAGCCAACACAAACAUUUUCAACAACAACAGCAACAAUUGAUGAAAAAUGUUUCGUGCGAUACACUUCCGGCACACCAGAGGCUUGCUGCGUUACUAACGAGCGGAAACAAUUUACAGACCAGCCGUCAGCUACAGCUUACAACGGAACAACAAGCACAGACACAGACACAGCCACAGUCACAGCCACAGUCACAGCCACACACCUUUCGACACAACGUCUGCCAAACACGCUCCUCGCUGUUAAAUCUGACACAAAACGACUGUUUAACGGUACAGCGAAAAAGGUUCAUCAGCCGACAGACGAUAUCCUACUACAAAUACAAAUACAACAACAAGGCUCGUCAAAUUUUUCAACAUUGCAAGCGAAUAUUGCCAACAAAGUCGACUGCACGUUUUUUGCCACCACAUCGUCAUGGAAACAAGCAACGGCUCCGAAGCGGCCAAGUUCAAGCCAACCGCCACCAUUGGUGUGGCCAAAUCAGAAAUGUUGUCAGCAAGAAGCAGAUGAUGUCGUCUGUAAGUACCACAGUGUGGAUUGUAGACGUCGGGGAAGAAGUAAAAGUGAAAGUGCUAUACUGGAAGAGCUACAUAAACAACGCCAACAACAGCAACAACAAGAAGAGCAACAAAGGAGAUGGCAUUCGGAGAGCAGUGGUGCGGUGUUGCCGUGUGAAGGCAUCAUUGCAGGCAUGUCAAGUGCAGCGAUAUCUAAUGUCGACGGCGACAGCGAGUGGCAGCAGCCGGAAAAGUGCCGACAAGAACAAAUAUGUCAUGACAUUGCUGACUUUGAUGUCGGCGUUACCGAGGGCUCAGGCAAAAUGUCUACAGAGAUUUGCGAUCAACAGUGGGCUCAAUCAACUACUUCCACGGGUAACAACAACAGCAACUACUACAAAACCAAAAGCUGCCAAUCAAACGAAACGAAAGAAAAACGCAAAUGUAUUGCUGUUGUUGCAGCCGCUAGUCAAGAAGCUGGUGACUGUGAUUGCUUGGACAAGCCACCUGUUGUCCAACCUUCGUCAUGCACACGCCAAUCUUCCAGAAAUGCUAACGAACAGCAAAACGAACCAAUGCAGCGAGGCAAACAAGCUGAAUCAAAAGAUUUCAAACUGCAAUUUUCACGACAACUCUUUCUUUCGGAAAAUCCCUGCUCAUUCGCUGUCCCAGCAACAUCUCAGCUACUUCGACAACAACCUCAAAGAGCAGCCGGUAAACCAACCAGAUCGCUGCUUUUACAAUCUACGGAAGCAGUUAAUGAAAUGCCCGAACAACGAAAUAUUUUUCACACUAAAAAAGUAUACAACAACAACAACAGCAUUUCCUCUUACAACGCUCUUGAUACUGUUGCUGACAUACUCCAUAUUGGCAGCAGCAAAGCAACAAGUGCUGUUGGCUUUAAUAAUGAUUACAUUGCAAUCGCUGCAACAACAUCUACAGCAAUGUGCUCCACUUUCUUGGCGGCAGUGCGUUCAAAACUGCUCUACACCCUGGCUGAUCUACAGGCAUACUCACGCGCUCUACUCUCGCUCAUCAUUAUCCUCAAUGUGCUGCCGUUAUUUUCAGCAGUGGCGUACAAUUUCGAUGCUGCUUCUGAAUUAAGAGCAAACGGUGGGCCCAAUCCGGCAGCACAACCAUGGAUACCCAUUGUGGCUUACUUGGAAACACCACCGAGACCUACAAAAGCUCCAAAAUGUGACCAGACAUUCGUUUCACGCAUUGGUGGGCCGCAGAAUGGCACAUUCUCUGCGCCGCUGCUGCACAAUCACAAAAAUCAUUCACGUCAAUGCUUGUACACUUUCCUAGCAGGACCCGGACAACGUGUCGAAGUACUAUUUACAUCAUUUAAUUUAAGAGGAAGUCCACCAGAUGGUUCCGCCGUGGGGGAAUUACCAGCCUGUGUUCACGAGUACAUGGAUAUAUAUUCUGAAGUGCAAUCAUCAGAUCCAGCUGAAUUAAUAAAUUCACCAUUUGGUGGACGGUAUUGUGGUACAAUACCGCCACGACGACGAAUUUCCAUGUACCGAGCUAUAGCCAUUUCAUUUUUUACGAAUAAGAAUGUAUCAACACCCGAUUUAUUCGAAGGAACUUAUAGAUUUAUAAAUGCAUCUGAAUAUGAAAUUGGUAUACCAAUAGCGGGUUCACCAUGUUCCUACACCAUCACGCCUAGCAUGAGUAUCAAUAAAACUGGGGCACUUAUAUCGCCAACUUAUCCGGGUGCCUAUCCAAAGGAUAUGUCAUGCACAUAUCAAUUUCUCGGCGAAUCAAAUCAAAGAGUUAGAUUAGAAUUUCGUGAUUUUGAUCUGUUUUUUGGUGGACCACACUGCCCAUUUGACUAUGUCAAAGUGUAUGAUGGUCCCGAUAAUUCGUCAGCAUUAAUUGGUACAUAUUGCGGACAGCAAAGGAAUUUAGUAUUAUAUUCAAGCGAAUCGAGCCUUUUUGUUCAUUUUUAUACAUUGCCGAGAACAGCAAAUACACAAAAUCGUGGCUUUAAAGGAAUUUAUGAAUUUAGCGAAAGUUUUGUUAAAUUAGAUUUUAUACGUGAAAAUGAUGGCAUUCACAUACGUGGCUCGGAAUGUGAUCAAAAAAUAUUAUCGAGAAAGGAGUCAACGGGUUUUGUGCUUUCACCAAAUUACCCCUAUCCAUAUAUACCGAAAACAGUUUGUAGGUACUUCAUUUACGGUAUGCAAGAUGCUCAGCAUCUGGAACGCGUACGUCUGGAAUUUUCAGCUUUCAAUAUACCAAAGGUAGAGCAUAAGGAUAAAAGCGAAUCCAAUUGCACAGAUGGUUAUCUCAAGAUUUAUCUGAAAGGACAAGAAACUGCCGAUGCCUAUGAUAAAUUCGAUUAUGAAUUGUGUGGCAAUGAAACACAACGAGUUCUUAGCGAUGGACCACGUUUGGCAAUGGUUUUCAGUUCGGGUGAGCUGCAAGGACGCGGUUUCAAAGGUAAAUACGUAUUUGAAACUGAAUACAAAAUACCCGGCACAGCUGCACCUGAUGGCACCUGUAGCUUCACAUAUGUGAGUAGUUCGAAAAAACGUGGCGAACUAAAUAGUCCACGAUAUCCAUCCAAUUAUCCAUCGGACACGAAUUGUUCGUAUCUGUUUUUGGGCGAACCAAACGAACAGGUCACGAUCGUUUUCGAUCAUUUUAAAAUAAAAGCGGAUGGUAAUUCAAAUGCAACUGCCGGAGCUUAUGGCUCUAGUGCAUGUUUCGAAGACUGGUUGGAAAUGUACGUUGUUUAUCGCGAUAACAAUGAUCGUUUUCUUGGUCGCUACUGUGGUUUGACAGCACCCGGCCCCGUUGAGAGCCCAAGGGGUGCGGUUGGUCUGCGCAUCACAUUGCAUACGGAUCAAGAGAAUGUAGCUAGCGGUUUCAAGGCUCGUUAUUUCUUCGAAACUCCUCGCACUGACGUUGCGGAGUGUGGUGGCAAUUUCUCUAAUCUAGAUUCGGGUAUUAUAACCUCGCCUAAUUAUCCAGCUGGUUACAAAGCACCCAGUCGCGGUAUGGCAUCGAUGGCAUGCAAUUGGAUAAUGACAGCACGUCCAGGUUAUAAGUUAUCGAUAAACUUUGAGCACUUCUCUAUCGAAGGUGACCCAGCAAAUCGUGGUUGUCCUGCUGCUGUGCUACGCCUUUGGGUUAAUGUUGACUCCGAUCAACCGCCGUUGGAAUUGUGUGGUGAAAAACCUCUCAUAGAACAGUGGUAUUAUAUUUCCACUGGACAAACUGUCCGUAUAAGUUUUACAACCAGCGAUAAAACCGUUGGUGCACCGGGCUUCCGCAUUGUAUGGACUGAAAUACAAGACUCAGGUCCAGGACCACCGUCCAUUGGGCUACUCUGUGAAUCAACAUACCACUUCCAAUGUGAGGUGGGCUACUGCAUUUCCGAUAAAUUACGUUGUGAUGGUGUCAAAAACUGUGGUCCUGGCGAUGAUAGUGACGAAUUGCACUGUACCACACAAGCACCCGAGGAGGAUCACGGCGUUCUAAUUAUAAUAACACUAAUCGUCGUCUCGUUCCUAAUCUGUCUCCUAUGCACACUCUAUCACUCCAGAAGAAAACGUAGAGCCCAUGUGCGGCAGCUGGGCUUACAUCGCAACGCCCACUACGAUUCACAAACGAGCGCAACUGGAUUAAGCUCAAGUCGUCGACAUUUACAAGGCGGUGCCAGCAUAUCGGGUAGUCUACAUGGCAUCAAUAGUGGUUCAAUGAUGAUACCACCCGCUCCACUGCCACCCACUAGUGUACCACCACCGCCACACAUAUGCAUUGCCGGCGUCGACGGUCUAAGUGCGGGCAUACUAAUAAACGACGAUGACGGUCUGGACGAGGACGAUGACGUCGAUCUCGAUCAAAUACACCAUGAGAUAUUUAUAAACGACGUACGAUUCGAUGAUGAUGAGAAUCAUUUAGAACAAAUGCAUCAUUUGGAGAAUGUUUAACAAUUGGUGAAAGGAGUAUUACACACGAUGAAAAGCGUUAACCGAUUGUUGCAAUAUUAUACGUCAUUUUAUAGAAAUUUACAAGCAUAGGAACAGAUUUAAAUAUAAAAUUUAAACAAAUUUGAAUACACUAAAAUAAAAAUUUUAAAUAAAAAUUAAUAUAAAACAAAAUGCGCAAAUAAUAGAAAAGGCAUAAUAACUAGUUGUACGAGUAUAUAUGUAGUUAAGUGAAGUUUAAAAUAAAUAGAAAAUAAUAAAUAAAAAGCAGCAAAUGUUGUUAAAGCGAAAUUCCUAAACAAAAUUGUAAAAUGAUUUAAUGAAAAUUUGGAUGGAAUUUGAAAAUCGUACACUUGGAAACUGAGUUAGUGAGGAACUAAAGCAAUGUAAGCCAAUGCAAAAGAAAAAUGUCGGAAGAAACAAAUGGCGUAGUAAUUUAAAAUUGAUAUUUUAUUAUCAACACAAUGUGAAUAUCAAAAAGUGAGUAAAUUUUCGAUUUUUAUUAAAAACAAUUUAUUUACAUAUGUAUGUAUAUUAUUUUUAAUUUAUUACAAUUUUGAAAAAUUAUUGUAUUGUAUUCACACAAAGCUAAGUAUUUAAACAAAUUAUGUACAUACGUGUAUGAAGGAGAACCUACAUACACGAUAUUUAGAAGAUCACUUUAAAACCACUUUAUUGUAUACUAAUUUCCAUAACAUUUAAAUAAAGUUAACAAUAUCGAUAACGAUAAAGAAUGGAAUAGCAUUUUGAUAAGGCUAAUUCACGUGCACCAACGUAGUAAAGCUAACCAAAGCUUAGAAAAAACCGAAAAUUUAAAAGAAUAAGCGUAAAAUGAAAAGCGUGUUAAAAAUAUGAUUGUAAAGAAAUGAAUAAAUAUUAAAAAUUAAAAAAAAUAUAUAUAUACAUAUAUACACCAACGACGAAAAUGUAAAAAGGAACUAAAAAAUGCAAAUCCCUUUUAAGGUAAACCAAAGUAAAAAAGUAAUAAUAAUAGUAAUAUUGUUGAUUUUUAUAUUUGAUACGAUUAAAAAGCAUUCAUUAUACGUUUUAUAUUCUUAAGAUCACCACAACCACAUUCAAAAGUUAGCAGCAGAAAAUUACAAAGCUCACAUACACAACGCGAUAUCUUCUGUUCAUAAAUCAAAAAUAUCAAUACAAUAAAAAUACACACACACACAUGUAGGCACACUCAUAAUUUUUCUUUUGUAAAAUUACACAAAGAAAAAAAUUAAACAAAAAAUAAAACAAAAAACAGCAAAAAUGAAAAUUCACUCCAGUCGUUAAUUUUCGCCCAUUCAACCGCUGAAAUAGUUUUACCGAUGGAAGAAAAUAAUAAUAAUGAAAUCAAUAGAAGAUGUCAGAUCAAUAAUAACGAUUCUAAAAUGAACUCAAUACGUUAGUAUACACAAUAAAAAAAAUAUGUACGUACAAAAGUCUUAAUACGAAUAAAUCAAUAAAUAAAUGCAAACAUACAUAUUUAAGUACAUAAAUUAAUAAUAACAACAAUUAUAACGUGAAAACACACAUUGUACACACCAAAGUACAUUUUUUGACGUCAAUAUUAUGUAACGUAUUUAUAACGUUAUCCAAAAACUACGAAUGUGACGACAAUUCCAAACCAAAGAGUUGUUGCUUGCCUUUUAUGUAUGUACGUAAAAGAAACGCAAAAAAAUAAUAAAAAUAAUAAUAAUCAAUUAGUGACUAUCAAGACCGCAUCUUCCAAGACAAAUAACAAAAGUAAUAUGCACAUACAUAUAUUGAAUAAAUAAUGGAACCCAUUACAUUGCAUUCUUAUGUACGAAAUAAAAAUUGAAAAAGACGAAAUUUACAAAACAAUUGUAAUAUUCAACUCAAAAAUAAUGAAAACAAUUAGUAGUAGGUACAUGAUAUUAAAUUAAAUUUAAUAAACGCGGUUAUUACCAAUGCAACAGCAGGCAUUCGUACGAUUUUGAAAGUUCGGAAGAGGCUAUCAUACAAAGGAUAUGAAAUUGAAAGACAGAAAAAUUUAACUUUUGUGACAAUUAUACUUUAAUUGGACAUUGCAAAUAAUAAAUAACAUUAAAAAUAAAUAAAUAAAUACAUAUAACGGCAUGCACGAUUUCAUAUUGAAACGAAUUUCUUUGAGUAAAUUUUACUGUUUUUUUUUUGUCUCACCGAACGCAGUUGAGUAAAAAUCAGUGUCCAUCAGGUCACCGAACAGAACAAAAAUUCACUCUUUUUUCCUGAUUCGAAUUUAAUAUCGAAACAGCUGUUAAAUAAACAACUACCAUUUUAUAACAUUUUAACUGUACAUAUAUUAACCGAAAAAAUCGAAAAAAAUUGAGAAAGUAGCCUGCUAAAUUUUAUGAAAUCACUCCAACCCUAAAUAAAUUCCUGAGCCAAUAUACAUGUGCUUAGGAAUGAAGCUGUGUGCCCAACGUUAACGUAACAGCAUAAUUGAAAAAAGAGAUCUUAGAGAUCUAAAGGAAGAGAUUUCAGGUGUUUUUAUAUUGAUGCAGCAAAUACAAUCAACUAAAUUGCAAAUAAUUUAUUUUUAAUUAAAUUUAACAAUUAAAUUAAUUAUGCUGUUAUAACCAAAUCAAUUCAUAAAAGCUGUAAACUUUUCCUCUCUGUUUGUGAUCUACGCUUGCCCCUUAUAUUUUUUAAUCUAGCAAAGCAAAAUCUGUAAACCUAAAUUUUUCUACAUUUGGCGCUAACAAAUCUCCGUUUCGCAUGGCAACUAACAGCAAAUUAAGAGUUGUUGUGCGUUUGAAAAAUUUCAUUAAGUUGCUUAUCAUUCGAAAAUAGCUUAUAUGUAUAUAAUGGAGAGACUUAAAGUUUACACCAAGCCGCCUCAAAACGGCUGCAGGGUAUUUGUGAAGAGCCUUAACUUCACGUCAGAAAUACACUCGAACUGCCGAAUUAAGCGAAUUACGACAUUGAUAAUUAAGUUGUAUGCUAUAUUUUCAUUUCAGUUUUCAACUUUUAAUUGAUUAAAAGAUUGAAACAAGGAUGAAAUUUUUUUGACAGUGUUUUUGAAAAUAUUUGCCGAAUUUCAACAAACCUCAUUAAUGUAUUUCAGUCAUUUUUGCCUCCGGCCAAAAAUAACUGUUUUUUUGUGGUCCAAAACGUUUAAUUUAAGUUUCUUAUUUUUACUUUGCCUCAUGACAGUUAUUUUCAAUGAAUAUUGUUUAGUGAAAAAUUCGUUUACGUUGUCUUACCUACGUAUUUUGCAGGAGAUAAUAUCGGCCUAAAAAUUGUCUGAAUCGAGAAGAUGAUUUUAUUAGUGGAUUAAAUAUUUGAAUAUAGGUUAUUUUAUUAUAUCAAAAUAAAUAAUAUUAACUGUAAAAUUCGCGUAUAAAAUUGUUACGUUUGCGACCAGGGCCGCCGAGAGAAAAUCGGUACCCGGGGAUAAUUCAAAUGCGGGCCCCCUGGAACAAUUUUUGUUUAAACAAUUUUAUUAC